AUGGCGGGCGCGGUGGCAGUUAUUGAGCAAUCGGCGAACGUGAGAGACCAGUGGGAGAUACGCUUCGCUCGCUUCAUUCCCUAUCCUUCUCGCUCUUCCUCGUCCAAUCUCCUUCCUCUCCCUCCUCGCCUCCGCAACCUCCCUCCCCGCGGCAGCUGGAUCUCCUCCUCCUCCGUUGCCUUCCUCCGCCUCACCUCUCACCUCUCCCACCUCCUCCUCACCGUCUCCUUCAACGCCACUCUCCUCGAAGAGCACUACGUCUCCAAACUGCAUUUUACGUGGCCUCAGGUGUCGUGCGUUUCUGGAUACCCUGCCAGGGGCAUCAGAGCUGUGCUAGUUAGCUACAGAGAUCCCCUAGGCGAGGCAUAA